AUGAGGCUCACGGCGGAGCUCAUCAAGGGCUCGCUCUCCUACCUGAACCCGCUCAAGGAGCGAGAGCUUGAUCUCCGAGGACAUCGAAUCCCGGCGAUUGAGAAUCUGGGUGUCGCAGGCCCCCACGACUCCAUCGACUUCACCGACAACGACAUCCAAGUCCUGGGCAACUUCCCGCUCUCGGCGCGCCUCUCGACGCUGCUGCUGGCGCAUAACCGCGUCGCGAGCAUACAGGCCUCGCUCCCCCAAGCGGUCCCGAACCUGCAGCAGCUCGUGCUGGCGUCGAACCAGAUUGCGCAGCUCGCGGACCUGAAUGUGUUGGCGGGGUUCAAGCGGUUGACGCAUUUGGUGUUGGUGGAUAACCCGGUGACCAAGAAGGAGAACUACCGAUACUGGGUCGUCUGGAGGUGUCCAACUGUGCGGUUCCUGGAUUACCAAAAGGUCAAGGAGGCGGAGAGGGAGAAGGCGAGGGAGCUGUUUGGUACGCCGGAGGAGCCUACGGAUGCGGCGGCCAAGAUCAUGGGCAACAAGUCCAAACAACUCGACAUCGCCGCCUCCAACGGCACGGCCGGCGACGGCGGCGGCGCGACCUCGAAGCUCUCGAGGAUAAAGCUCACGGACAAGGAGAAGGAGCGGCUGAAGGAGAUGAUCAAGAAGGCCGACAGUCUGCAGGAGAUUAUCCGGCUGGAGAAGAUGUUGACCGAGGGGACUAUCCCGGCGGGUGUACAUCUGGAUGGGGACGCCACUAUGGAGGACUGA